UAUAAUAAAUACACGACAUAUUAAUAAAGCCACGCGAUGCUAUAUUUUGGUUUACUUAAAUAUCCCAACUUGGAAAUCGAUCAAAGAAGAAAAGCCAAAAACAAGUAAAGCAUAGCAGGCCAAGAAAGGAGACACUGUAAGCUGUAAAGCAGCCCCAUUUUCCUCUUCUUCUAUUUUGUUCUCUUUCUUCUUCCAUUUUGUCCCUUCUUUUCCUCUCGUUUCUCAAAUUCUUUCCCCCUUUUUUUUUUUUUUUCAGUGAUGACCAUCACCAAGAUCAUCCGCGAUGUGGCUAUGACUCAUGAGCUUACAAACCCCAGUAUUUAAUGUCCCUUUUCGCUUCUUGCGAAUUAAUAAUCAAGAGGUGGGGUUUUAAAAUAUUGCUCAUUCAGUCAUUCUUGAAGAAAUUCACGGGUCUUCCAUGAACAGGGAAUCGGUGCGGAGAGAGAGGGAGGCGAGAACGAUUCUGUGUUUUCUGAGGGAACAAAUGGACGUCGCGGAUGAGGAGAGAGGUAGGAAAAGGUCUCUAAAAGAACGGCUGGGAUUGACAGGGAUGGGUUGCUGUGGGGCCACCUGGGGUUUCCGGCCAACGACGAUAAGCGUUCUAGACGACGACGAAAUUGAAGAACAACAACAACAAGAAGAGCAUCAUUUGGAUCCGACGGCAAACAACCCGGGUCCGAUUUGCUCGGAUCCAGAUCCUCCGGGUCCGAGCAUGAAUCUGGCGGCGGCUUUGGCCGCGGAGCGGCAAUUACGGACGUCGAACGACAACGAGAGGGGUAAUACCGGCGACGAAACGACAGGAAGUAGAACAAGGGGAAGUACGGCGCCGGGGACGCCAAUGAGGGUGUCGUUGAUGAGAUUGCUGGAGGAAACGGACGGUCGAGAUGCAAUGACGGAGCGGAGUGGGGCCGGGGGAGGUGUCGGGAGUUGUGAUUCGGUGUGCUGCGUGUGCAUGGGAAGGAAAAAGGGUGCGGCAUUCAUCCCAUGUGGGCACACCUUUUGCAGAGUGUGUUCGAGGGAGUUGUGGUUGAAUCGAGGUGCUUGUCCCCUCUGCAACCGUCCGAUCCUCGAGAUCCUCGACAUUUUCUAAGAAUUUAUCACCAUCGCCUUGAUGUGAUGAACGAUGAUAAAUGAUGAUGAUGAUCUCGAUUUUCGUGGCCAAACUGGUAUUUGGAGGAAGCAACUGAACGGGUCGGAGGAAUGAGUUUUCAAUUUUCAUGUAAGAAAAAUUCAAUCUUUAAUUUGUUUUUCAUAAAUGUAAAAUACGAUUUCCCUGAAUUU